AUGGAAUGUUUGGAAUAUAAUGCUAUUACCAGUAUACCAAAUGAUCGUUCUUCAAUUAAAUCUAAUACUAUUGCUGCUCAUAAAUCAUCUGAAACUCCAAUAGUGAUUAUUGAUGAUGAUACAGAAAGUAAUUCGGAUGACAAGGAAAAGCAACCCAAUUGCAAAGAUGAUAAAAAAGUUACUAGCAUUAAAAGG